CAGUGUUCCAACCAGUGCCGCCAUCUGAAAGGCCAAUUCCCCAAACAAAACCAAAACAAAAACGUCACUGUUUAAAUGUCAAAGGUCCACUAGAAGUGUCAACACCAAACUUUAACCUAGUUGAAAUUAAUAAUUUAUUAAAUGAAAAUGGCAACACUACCCCCUAGGAGGAACCCCACACCUACAAAAAUAUCCAAACAGCACCUGACCCCGCUACAAAUCCUCCUCCAGAUGGGGUUCCCCAAACACAGAGCCGAAAAGGCCUUAGCUGCCACUGGUAACAGGGGCGUGCAGUUGGCCUCCGACUGGUUACUGGCCCACGUAAAUGACCCAUUGCUGGACGAUAACUCUCCAAGGGAGUACAUUUUAUAUGCGUGUCCCACGGGACCUUUCCUGGAACAGUUACAGACCUUCUGGGAGAAGUCGCACAGGGAAUGCGCCUGGAACGGGGCCCACAAUUUCACGCCGCACAUUACGCUAGUUUCGUUUUUUAAGGCGCCUGAUGAAGACGCCCUACAUCUGGCGCAAAGCCUAAAGUCCGUAAUGGAAAGGCAGGGCGCUAUGUUGAACGAGCCCCUAAAACUAGAAACGUAUACUUCUCCAAAUUUUAUGGGGUUUUUUGUGGCGGAGGAGCACGCUGAUUAUUUAAAAAGGAUUGCCAUGCAAUAUGUUAAAGAAGUUUCAAAUGCUAUUAUUAGUGACACAUACGAACAUUUCGAUGCUCUAACAGCCUGUUUUCCGUGGUGUACCACAACAACUGCUCGUUGCAUUCCUCGGGGAAGUAGAUCUAUAAGUCUUGAACCCCACGUAAAAUCGCUCCAUUUGACGUUGGCGUACCAAUUCCCCAGCACCCACUACACCCACCUCAAAUCCCUCGUGGACGAGCUCGACCCUAGCGACUCCGCCGGCUGGGAGUUGCGUCUCUACUCCCGCGAUCCCCGCGUAAACGGUAAACAAGUCCACAAAGUGAUUCACCCCUACCAACCAACCGAGUGUGACGAAUUGGAUCUUCGCACGGGCGAUUACGUCUACAUAAGCAGCGAAGCCUUGGCCAAUUCGCCCGACGGUUGGGUCGAGGGCACUUCCUGGUUGACGGGACUGACGGGACUCUUGCCAGAGAGCUACACGGAACGGACGGCAGAGUCCGAUGCGUGGACUCUGCACAAAAAAGUGCCACUGAAUCAUAUCACUCAACCGGAAAUUAAGUACACCUUACCCCAAAAAGUUUUAGAGAUGGAGGAGGACGCCUCCAAGCCAAGUGCCAAGGAUGGGAGCGAAUCGAAGAAUGGGGUUGAAGAUUACUGCUUUCCCACGUCGCCGAGGAUCGAGAAUUUGUACGAAAAUGUGUUCAAAACGGGGCCUCAAAAGGAGCAAGACAAAAAAUCCCGCAAACUCUACCUGAUGCGUCACGGGGAGCGCAUAGACUUCACCUUCGGCGUCUGGAUCCCCUAUUGCUUUGAUGAGUCUGGCCGCUACACCCGGAAAGACCUGAAUAUGCCAUCCACAGUACCUGAGCGAUCGCACGGCCCCGCCGGCUACACCAAGGACACCCCCUUGACCAACGUCGGUCUCUUCCAGGCCACCACCGUCGGGGACGCCCUCAAAGAAGCGCAACUCGACAUCGCAUACGCCUACUCCUCGCCCUCGUUCCGGUGCGUCCAAACCUGCGACGCCCUCCUCAAAGGCUACAACAAACGCGACGAAAUCAAAAUCAAAAUCGAGCCUGGACUUUUCGAAUGGAUGGCCUGGUAUCCGGACGGGUUGCCCGACUGGAUGACACCGGCCGAAUUGGCCGCAGCUGGCUACAACAUAGACCUGGACUAUCAGCCGUUCGUGACCGUAACUGAGCUGAAAGACGCCAGGGAGACUUGCGAGCAGUAUUAUUUACGCAACACUUUCGUCACGAGAGGGGCUCUCAAUGCGCACCUCGACGGAAACGUGCUGUUUGUGGGCCACGCGUCCACUUUGGAAGUGUGUUCGAGGGAAUUGGUCGGGAAGAAGCCGCGAGCUGCGUAUGAAAUGACCGAUGUUAUACAGAAAGUGGCCUAUUGUAGUUUACUGCAACUGGCGCAAGAGGGCGACAAGUGGGAGAUUGCCGAGCUGCCCUUCCCGCCCAUCACACACACAACCAAUCAUAGGUUCGAUUAUAAGAUUUUCCUGAAUUAAUUGAAACGGUGCCCUCCAUCGUGGAGCAAAUCUUAGAGUUCAAAAUUGGCGAAACGUCCAAUGAAUGGUUCACCAAUUUUGACUAGGAUUUGGCCACAAUGUAAUGUAAUCCAUUUACCAAAGAACGCCUGCAUAUUUUAUUUUUGCUAUAUUUUGUUGCAUAGAUUUGAUACAAUAAGAAUAAAGCAUUAAUUGUUGUGGAAAACCGAUUUACGGAGGACUCAGAUAUUAAGGGGCCUAACUAAAAAUCUGAGAAAUCAAUCAAAACUGAUGGUAUAUGUAGUCUGUUUUUCUCGAUUCAAAAAUAAGCCAAAAUUCAAAAAUUACCAAAUUUAAACAAAAUAAUGUAAUUUUUACCUCUUUCAAAUAAAAUGUUAGACCAAAAAUUCACGAAAUUAAAUUAUAUUUUACAAAAUUUUGUUUAAACAAGUCAAAAUCAACCGAAAACGGUGUUAUUUUUGAUAGUUUUGAGCGCUUCUUCAGCGAGAUAUUUUUAAAGGAGAGCGAAAGUUUAGGAAAGUAAGUCAAAAUAUUUUUUUCCUUUUUCAACCAUUUUGGGACGCGAUUAUUUUGAGGAAUUUCGUUUAAGAUAAGCUGAGUCAAAGUGCUAGUAACACGUUUUUUGUCCAAAAGCGCAUAAUUUUGUUAAAAAUUACACUAAAAAUCAUUAAAUUGGGUCACAAAAAGUGUUAUUUUUACCUUUUUGGUCUUUUUAACCUAAAAGCUCUAUACCUGUAAAUGCUUCGAAGAAUCAAAAUACAAAAAUGUCAUUAUUUUGCCUUUCGGCGUUUUAGUAUUUGAAAAUAUUUUUCGUCCAAAGCCCGAAAUUGCCGAAUUGGGCCGAAAAAGUCGCUUUACGAGCGAAAAUUACAGAUUUGUUGAAUUGUAUUAAAAGUGAAAUUUUAGCCUUUUUCUAGUUCUUAAACACUUAUUUUAAAUAAAAAACUUCAAGAAGUUUUCGGAAAGGGUCCCUUUUCCGCACUGAUCAUCUCAGACAAUAUGCAUAUUUUUUCAUAUAUGUAUAGGGUGAUUCAAAAGUGACGAACAAACUCUCGUAUGGUGAAAAAAAAAACGUUCAGUUAAGCACAAAAAUGAAGUCAGUUUUUUUUUCAAGCAUCUUAAUUUUGAUAUAUUUUUUUAAUUUGUUUUUGCUAGCAAUGGUAGAUUUUUGCUUUUUUGUUUCGUAUGAUGUCGAUUUAUUGUCAAAUUUGCAAGUUUUUUAAUUGUUUUGUACAUCAUAGGACAUUAAUUGUUGAUUUUUUUCAACAGGUAUUUAUUUAGUAUUCUAAGAGCUGUCGUUUCCGCUAACUGAAGUCAAAAAAUAAGAUCUGAAACACCAAAAACGUAAAAAUUUAACUGUAAAGAACUAUAUCUCGUGAAAAAGGGCACAAACAAUUUUUUGUCACAGGAACUUUUAAUUCAGUUUGAUGUCCUUUAUCAGCACCCGAAAGAUUGUCCGGUACUUUAAAAUCACCCUAUAUUUUUCUUUUUUAUGAUGUUUCGCUAUCUUGUCGACGUCCUUAUCCUUAUCUGUAAAUCCUUCCCUAAAUUCAUAAAAAUAACAAGAAACUAAUGCAAAUUUAGUGGUACAUUACAUGUUCCAGUCGAUUUGACUUCUUUAUUCAAAAAUAAGCCCUAAAAUCUUAAAUUUUUAGACCUUUCAGCACCUUUUCAUGCAGAAUAUCAAACCUAAACAGAAAGCUACGAAAUUAUAAUUAGUUAUAAUUGUAAUUAAAUAUUAUUUUUGCGUUUUUUGAGCAUUUUAGCUAAUUUUUUAAACAGAAACGCAACUAUUUCACAAAAUGUCGAAAACAAGCCAAAAAUGGUAUCAUUUUCGUCUUUUUCUCAAACUUUUAACAACGUAUUUUUGCAAAACCAAACCGAAAAAUUAUUGUAAUUGUAUAAUUAUUUACAUUGUUAUAAUAAAAAAUACUCUAGGAGCUAAUCCGCUUUACGUCUCCCACACUCUUUGGUGGUGAAUUCUGAAAUGGGUUUUCUGUGUGAGAAAUUUAAAUGUGACGUGAGGUUGACAUUGCACAUUUUGAGUUAUACCAUAAAAAAAUAUCUCAAUUUGUGCAAUUAUAUUAUGAGACUCGUCAUUUCAUUAGUUUUCCACCGAAAAAACAGUAAUUGCAUUCAUCAGUGCCACAAAGAAACGGUUUAAAAUUUCAUGUUCACCAGAAGGUGCAGAUAUCUUAAGCUUGUAUAACGUCAUUAAACAAUUUAAUUUAGUGAUUUAAGGUUUUAAUAUGGCCAAUUGUAAACAUUGAAAUCAAAAGAUGUAAUCAAGUGAAUUAUUUAUUUUUUGUGAUGGCAACACGGUACACCGUGUGACCCAAUAUUUGGUCCUCUGUAAGCUGACUCAAUAAAGAAAGACUUGUUUCUUAGUAAAA